AUGCAAGCGCUUCCAGAAGGAAACGAAGAAAAAGCACAACCCGCGCCAAUCCCGUCAAACGAGGAGUCCCAACAACAGCACGACCAGUACCAGCAACACCACCACCAGCAGCACCAACAACCACAACGCCAGCAGCGCCAACACCACCAACACCAAUAUCUCGGACAAGAUGCAGAUCCGAUAUCACAGCCUUACUCCGGACGACCAGCUAACACACCGUUACCUGAGGCGUCAGCCAAGCUGUCUCCGGAGCGGGCAGUGGAGAGACUGGCUCAUAGGUUGAGCGAGCAGUACUUGCAAUUGAGCUCGCCUUGUCACGACCAACUGCAGCAUCAGCCAACGCCAUCGUUACCGUCCUCGAUACCCAGCCUGGUAACUUCCGAGUUGCGCGCCUUCCAUCGUUGGGCCGAAUCCGAGGUUCGCGGCCAACGGCAGCACCGCUUCUUGGACGCCAAAUCCGAUGACCAUACCGUCCCAUGGCUGCCGAUUUCCCGCGGGGGUAUUGGCGAGCCCAUCGAGGUUGAUGAGGCGUAUCAAGAGAAGCUGGACGGCCGGCGGUUUUUGGAUGUGAGACGGCCUCGACGGCAAACGAGCGGUCAGCUCGGAGGCUCUUCCAGCACACGCCCGGUUGACCGGCGCUUGGAGGCGAUGAUUGCCAGCGGGACCCAGUGCAACGUGCACAGCGAGCCUCGGCCGACACCAAAUCCGUCAAAACCAACAUCCAACAUUGCAAUCGUAGCUCAACCAGCCUUCAUUGAGCCCGAUCCCGACUGCGCCAUGCCAACCCUGAAGGUGGAGGUCGACGACGCCAAUGCGGGCGGCGUAUUGGGACCUUUGGGCGAUUUGGCCGACGAGGGUAUCUCGCUGCGUUAUGCGAGCGGCCCUGGAGGCGUCAGAAAGUACACGGUCGAGGGCUUUGCCCUGCGAUACCGGCUAUCAGCGGAUGUCGCGCUGCGCUGCGCCAACGUUGUCCGCAGCCGACCGAGGAUGCGUAGGAGACACAAGAAGGCGAACGAGAACACCGGGUCUCCGGCGGUCAUGUCGGCCGUUUCUUCUCCCGCCAUGUCGUCGGCAGAGUCGCCGUCUCUACCCCCUGCACGUCUGCCGCCGCAAAAAUAUCUUUGA